AUGGCUCUAGUGAACUACAGCAGCGACUCGGAAGCAUCUGACAAUGAGCAAUCGCAGCCGCAACCAAAGCCCUCCUCGAAAACAGCAAAGCCGAACUUUUCCGUUGAUAAAUCCAACCCUCAGAAGAUUCGCGUCAAGUUAGCAGAUGCCACACCCACGAACGGGACGCAUGAAGAUGAACGAGCACCAAAAAGAGCAAAGCUAGGAGGUGGCUUCAGUGGGUUCAACGCAAUGCUCCCGCCUCCGAAGAGGGAUGCAGACAAGCCACAACCUAGCAAAGGUCCAGCGAGGAAGGUCUUUAGCCUGAAGACAAGUUCAGAGGCGGGAUUCAGCCGCGAGUCAGACGCCGAGUUGCGCCAGCUGUUCUCUGAGCAAGAUUCUAUGCGGGAUAAUGAUCAGGGGGAUGGGGAUGUGGGAUUGCCAGAGGUGCCGAGAAAGAAUCAACCAGCCGAGCAGCCAACGAAGGGCAAUACUUUCAUGUUCAAGCCCCUUUCUGUCGCUCGGGGAAAGAAGAAGAAGCCGACUGGCGGUACUGUAAAGCCAGCAGCACCACCACCAUCAGAACCUGUCAUGCAACAAACCGAAGCAGCGCUAGCCCAACCGAAGAAGAAAGUCAGCCUCUUCUCAGCAUAUACCGAGGAGCCUGACGUACCCUCAACCACCGACCAUGAAGCACCUCUCACUCCGGAGUAUGACGAUGAGUCUGCCGUAACGUCUAGCUACGCAUCCCUCGAAGCCUCGGCUUCACAAGCCACUGACCCACAAUCCCUUAACACCAUCGCCGCGGAUCUAAACCUUUCUACCGCCGAACGUCGUCAGCUUUUUGGCCGCUCCAAGCAGCACCUUUCGGCCACCAAUGUCGUCAACUUCAAUACCGACGCCGAAUACGCAGCCAACGAAGCACUCCGUGCAACGGGUGAGCAAGUACAGCACAACCCAGUCCGGGCGAUUGCGCCAGGAAAGCACAGCUUGAGACAGCUAGUGAGUGCUGCGCAAGGCCAGAAGGAUGCGCUCGAGGAAAGCUUCGCAACAGGCAAGAGGAAUCGGAAAGAAGCUGGAAGCAAGUAUGGCUGGUAG